CGCACUUGAACCGCAAAACAAACACGGGUCAGCAGAUUGCGGAGUUCUGAACGGGUUAACAUGGGAGGGUGCGGUUCAACCUGCUGAUGUGGAGGAAUAUAAAACGAAACCGAACCCAGAUGCGGCCAACCCAAAAACUUUGUGAACGUUGUCAAUCCGACCCUUUUUAUUAGACCUCUGCAUGAAGCCUUCUGUCGGCUCACAGUUCUUGUUCUAUUCGUACAGGAAACGGUCUGAUUCUGAAGGAAGUGAGGAGCGCUCUGAGAAAGAUGUCUGCGGCAAGGAAGGAACUACACGAGGCUUUGUGCCACUACAUCACAGAUACACUCACCUACAUGCAGCUGGUGAGGGGGUUCUGUGAGAUGUUCUCUAAAUGGAAGCUGUGGAGGAAAAAAGAAUUUGACAUGAUGACAGACAUCAAAGAAAGGGCUGACAAAAUUGAUCUAAAUUUCAGCCAUGUCACUCAGUCAGACAACAAAAGGAGGGCGUUUGGCGAAUAUUUGAAGAACAAGUUCACUGGAAUGACAGCAGACCGCAAGUUAGCAGAGCUGGACAGUGAGCUGGCUGAAGUGUUGAAGGACACGCUAGAUGGUCUGGAGAAGCUGGACUGCUUCCUGGAUGCAGUGGAGAAGCUGGCAGUCACCUCGUUGCACGUGUUCACAGUAAGCCAGGUGUUACACCUGCCAGAAGACAUCAACUCUGACCAUGUUCAGGCUGUCAUCACUGCUGCACGUCUCAUCUGCCCUCUCCUCCUGGUGUUUAAAAGAGACGCAAGCUCCUUCUUCCUGCCUAAACUUCAGAAUGUGGAUGUGCUGGCAUAUCAACUGGACAGAUACAUUCAGACCACCAAAAAAAUCUGCGAGAAGAUGGAGAAAAGCUGCCUCAGUGACCUUUCCUCAGAGAUGAUCAAUGAAGCUGUGCUGAACCUUGACGUGGAUUUAUCUGAAAAUGAUGUUCAGAGGAUGGUUGAUCACAUAAAUCAGCUCGAUCAAAUCAGGAUGGAUCCAAACUUUCGAAUGGUGUUCCUGUUUCAGGAGGAUUCGUAUCAUGACUUCAUAAAGGAAUUUAGCGAGAGUCAGCCGAGGAUGUCGGACUUCCUAAACGAGCUGGAGGUGAAUGCUGUUCAGCUAGACAGCAUGAACAAAGGAGCAAAGAUCUCCAGUGUGGUGGGCAGCUCAGUGGGAGCAGUCGGAGGUGUGCUCUCCAUUGUUGGGUUUGCGUUAAUGCCAGUCACAGCAGGAGCCUCUCUAGUCCUGACCAUGACUGGAAUCGGGAUGGGCGUGACCAGCGGAGUCAAUAGCAUUGUCACCACCGCCACAGAGGUGGGAGUUAAUCGUACACACCAAAGGAAAGCCAGCGAAGUCCUCCAAAGCUUCAUGGAGGACGUGAUGAAGCUGCAAGCUUGCCUGGAAGAGGUGACGCAAAAAACAAUCUCCAAAACCGAGACAAGUGAGACUAAUGUGGCUCUGGGAGUCACCAAAGUUAUUUGUAAAUUUGGGGCAGUUGGGAAAAGCAUUGAUUCAAUUGUUGAUCUAGCUUCUGCUGCCAAACUAUUAAAAGCUGAAGAGGUUGUUUCAAAUGUUGGUAAAGUGGCGGCUCAGGAAGGAAAUGCGCUGCGUAACAUUCCCAGGUUAGCCUCAGACAUCCCAGAUGUUGGUCAGGCAGCCGUUAAAGGAUCUGUUGCUGCGUCCAAAUCAGUCAGAGCCGGAAUGAUCGCAGUCAACGCUCUUUUUCUCGGCAUGGAUAUCUUCUUCAUCUGCAAGGACAGCAUCAGUCUGGCCAAAGGCAGCGAGUCAGAGGUGUCGCAGUUCAUCAGAGCCAGAGCUGUUCUGUGGAGCUCAGAAAUGGAUUCAUGGAAGAAGAUCCACGACGCUCUGAAUGAUGGCCUGCUGACAUCUGGGAAAAACGAAGCUGUGCUCGAAACACCUUUUUAUCCCGAUGUUGAGAUGGGAGAAAAAGUUCAGUUUGAUGAGGUGGAUGAAAAACAGACUGUGUGAUACAGUUUAACAUGGCGUGCCUCAUAUAACUACUGACAUUUUCAGAUGAAAAAUCAACUCUCUAAAAUCAGUAAAUGUAGCUUCAAUCUUUUACAGCUGGUUGUAAAUAAAUGUAUAUUGUUUUUUAUGUUAUAUAUGCUUUCUUGACUGAAUUAUGAACUAUUUUAUUAAACCUGUUUCAGAAUCAGAAUCAGAUUCAGAAAAGCUUUAUUGCCAAGUACGUUUUUGGACAUACAAGGAAUUUGUUUUGUUUUCAGCAUUCAUUUUGUUCUGUAGAUUUUACAUCAUAAUAAAUUUAAAAUAAAAGCACUAAUAUAAUCAAUCUGUAUUGGAAAGUAAUCGUGCAGCAUCAGUUCAUUAAUUCUUCGGAAGCACUGAUGUAUGGUUUUAAAAUAUGAGAACACUGUUAAUGCAAAGGGGCUGCACGGUGAUGGCACUGUUGCCUUGCAGUAAGAGUGUCCUGGGUUCGAAUCCCACCCUGGGGUCCUUGUUCCAUGUACUUCCUGUGUGUGCGUGGGUUCUCUCCGGGUACUCUGACUUCCUCCCAUAAAACAUGACCAUUAGGUUAAUUGGUCUCUAUAUUGCCCCCUAGGUGUGAGUGCUUGUGUGAAAGUUUGUUUGUUCUGUGUGUCUGUGUUGCUCUGUGAUGGACUGGUGAGCUCUCCAGGGCAUAACCCGCCUCUCGCCAUCAUGGACGAUGGAUGGAUAGAUGUUAAUGCAGACCAACAGACUUUAUUUUUAUUGGAUUGCAUUGUGAUGCUGCUAGUCGUCACCACUGUCCUGUUGCAGGGUAUUAAAUCACUGCUUGUCCUGUGUUUUAUGCUGAAAAUAAAAUGUUUUUUCAGUGUUCUCUUUUUCUUGCAUAAUAAUAUUUUGUACAUAUUGUUUGGUGCAUCUCUUCUUGAGAUCAAAAAAAGCCUAAUUUCAAUAAAUGUGUUGAAAUUCAAUAUAUCUCUAUGAAAAUGGCUAUAUGAGCUGUAAGGAUGGACACUGUCUAAUAAUAUUCUUGAUGUAAUGUUAAGGCGAAGAUGAGUGGCUUAGUUAAAAUGCCAUUUUUUAAAUGCCAAUAAAUACUUUGAAAAUGUU